UUAUACAUACCUUUCCUCUACCAUUUCACCAUGUCUUAUCACCACGAGAGCCUCCGCGAGAAGACUCUAAACAACGAAAACCUAGCAGGUCCGCACGCAAACUACCAAGGUAUAGGAGAUAACCACAGCAACCUUCACGACCGAACCAUGAACAACGAGAACCUCACCGCCCCCUCUCCCGACGCACCCUUGGAGAAGGACUUUAGUCGGAACAUGUCGUCAGCGGGGUACUCGAACGGCUUCGACACAACCUACCAGCAUCUAGACGGCACCCAAGAUUCCGAGACCGCGCUGCGGAAGAUCAGGACGGCGGGCAGUAUAUCCAUCUCGCCGGAUCUCUUCGAGAAGUUGUAUCUGUCCCCACAGAACCGCGUCAAGGGCGAUUUGCGCAAGACGUUUGGUAACCCGACUCCUCUUGCACUCAUCGGGUUCCUCAUGUGUUUGUUCCCGCUAAGCAUGACGCUCAUGGGUUGGCGAGGCGCAGGCAAUAACGGUGCGGCGGGUAUCGGCGAGUACUGGUUCUUUGGUGGGCUAUUGAUGAUGCUGGGUUCUGUUGGUGAGUGGAUCCUGGGCAAUACAUUCCCAUUUGUAGUCUUUGGCUCCUUUGGAGCAUACUGGCUUUCGUAUGCGGCAACGCUACAGCCGUACUUCAAUGCUUAUGGCGCGUACUCAACGACUGGGGAGAUCGCUGAGGGCCUGGAGACGGAUGGGUUUCGUUCUGGCUUAGCAUUCUGGUUCAUAUCCAUGGGUCUCAUGUGCCUAAUCUUCAUGGUGUGCUCUAUCCGCACAAACUUCGUCUUCUUCAACAUCUUCUUCUGGCUCGUCGUCACCUUCGGCUGUCUCACGGGCGCAUACUUCCAGCUCAACAACGGCGCGCUGGCUCUCGCCGCCCGGCUGCAGACUACCGCCGGCGCAACGGCGUUCAUCACGUGUGCGUUUGGAUGGUGGAUCUUUGCGGCUAUAAUGCUGGCGAGUUUGGAUUUCCCGUUCGAGAUUCCUGUGGGUGAUCUAUCCGGUCUCGUCAAAGGCGCUUCCCAGAAGAACGCUGCGGAGAAAAGUGUCUGA